CAUAGGGUGUCAUUCCUAAAGUGACAAGUAUCUUCUAACGCGUGUGUUUUGCCAUCAACAAAGCGUGCAGAAGAAAGUUACCUCUUCUAAUUUGUCCCGGCUGCACUGCCUGAAGGUAAAUCGGCUAGUGCUUUGCUUUGUUUUUUCCGCUAUUUUCACCAAUCAACCAAUUCGAUUGCAAUUUUCAGCCAUACUUAUGCGAGAGACUUGCCUUACACCCUACAUACCACUGUAUAAUAGCGCUUUUGCAUCUCUUUCAUUUUCUGCUGGAAGGCAAUUCGGGCCGGCUCUUGCCUCUUGCUUCUUACUUCCAGUGAAAGUGAAUGGUUUUAUUGAUCUUUUGUACGAUCCGUAAAAAACAUCGCAAUGCAAAUACAAAAUAAGUUUGUGACUGCCUUGCUGUUUAUGCAACGCGUCCGACAGCACGCUGUACGGAGUAUUAUAAUAUCGAAGCCACAAAUCUACUACCGGAGAUUGUUUGGAAAAAAUGCAGCAUAUGAUGCAUGCGGUGGGCCACCGAUAUAUGAAAGUCGUCUGUUAUACGCAAAGAUCAACGCUGAGGUGCAGAAACUGCUAGCCCUCAAGGAGCAGCUUAAGCAAAUGGAGCUAUCGUCUGGAAAUGAAUGUGAAGCAACACUGGCUCGUGAAGUGGUUAGUGCUGAACCGGUAUCGGCGAACCGUAAUCUAGCACUGAAAACAGCUAAAGGUACUCGUGAUUAUGGCCCAGAAGCGAUGACGUUGCGGCAGCGCGUACUCGAUCAUGUAGUAACGGUUUUCCGGCGGCACGGAGCCGAAACGAUCGAUACACCAGUAUUUGAGCUGAAAGAGGUAUUGACGGGCAAGUACGGCGAUGAUUCAAAAUUGAUAUAUGAUCUGAAGGAUCAGGGAGGCGAGCUGCUGGCUCUGCGGUACGAUCUCACGGUCCCGUUUGCCCGUUAUGUUGGCAUGGGUAACGUGUUCAACAUAAAGCGCUAUCACAUAGCGAAGGUAUACCGAAGGGAUAAUCCGCAGAUAACGCGAGGACGUUACCGUGAGUUCUACCAAUGCGAUUUUGAUAUCGCCGGCACUUACGAUCCCAUGCUGCCGGACGCGGAGUGUGUGAAGGUGGUCGCCGAAAUAUUAAGCGAGUUGAACAUAGGUGAGUUUACAGUGAAGCUCAACCAUCGGAAGUUGCUAGAUGGGAUGUUCGAGGCGUGUGGCGUGCCAGUAGAAAAGUUUCGUACCGCCUGCUCAUCGGUUGACAAGCUGGACAAGACACCGUGGGAUGAAGUACGGCAGGAGAUGAUUCACGAGAAGGGUUUGUCAGAAGCGACCGUAGAUCGUAUUGGGGAGUACGUGACGCUGAGCGGCGGAAUCGAAUUGGUGGACCGAUUAUCAGAGGACCAGCAUUUAAAGGGUAUAGCGAGUGCCAUGGAGGGAUUGGCCGAUAUGCGUCUAUUGCUACAAUACUGCGAAAUUUUUGAGAUUGGGCACCUUAUUGCGUUUGAUCUAAGUUUGGCCCGCGGUUUAGACUACUAUACUGGAGUAAUUUAUGAGGCGGUUUUGGGCGGUUCCAAUACGGACGAUGAUGUUGCGGUCGGUUCUGUUGCGGGUGGUGGCCGAUACGAUAAUUUGGUAGGAAUGUUCAACCCCAAGCGAAAGCAGGUACCUUGCGUCGGUGUUUCAAUUGGCGUUGAGCGGAUUUUCUCUAUACUCGAAGCCAAGUCGACGGGCCGAAGUCGUACUAACGAAACUGAUAUUUACGUGGCUUCUGCGCACAAGGGACUGCACCUAAAGCGGCUAGAAAUACUUAACAAGCUGUGGAGUGCUGGACUGAAGGCAGAGCACUCGUAUAAACUGAAUCCAAAAUUGCUAGCCCAGCUACAGCAUUGCGAAGAGUAUCAGAUCCCAUAUGCCAUCAUUUUAGGCGAUGGUGAAUUGUCUCGCGGUGUCGUGAAGCUUCGUGAAAUCGCCACUCGGAAAGAGGAAGAACUGCCGCUUGAAUCCUUAACUGAACAAAUUCGUGCUAAGCUCCAGAUACGUAACCCUAGUUCUGCUCAAUAGCAUGUAUCAAAUUACAUUCGCACACUCAAACUAUAUAAACCUCUACACUAUCAAUUGAAUUGGGUUUGUUUAGCUGAUCAUUCAAACAUAAGGCAAAUGCAAUUGUAAAAAAUUGUUAAUGGUUUCUGUUGCAGCAAUUAUACGAAACGAUAUCUUAUUGCUAUAUUUUUAUUUUUAGAUUUCUUAUUACUAAAGGUACUCAUGAAAAAAACAUUUGGCUGCAUACCGCUUGUUUGUCAUUACAUAACACAAGGCCCUGCUACACGGAGCGUAAACCAAGGUACUUUAAAAAGACAGGUAGCUUUAUCCAGAACAAAUCCCCGAUUUUAUUUAAGAAAAAACUUCAGAGUUUGACAUUCACGGGAUGGUGGGAUGUUUACUUCGGGAACGCUCUUUUCGGAGGUGUUUUCGCUUUUCUGUGGUAUUACGACAGUUCAAAUUCACGAAAAGUGGCACGAAAGUUGAAGUUUAUGCAAAUAUUCUCAAAAUUCUUCCUAGUGUUUCAAUAUGGUAUCGGUCCGUAGGUCUUGCCACCCGGCCUAGAACAAGAGCUAGCUAGCGUUCCUGGACCGUGCUCACUCGCUGUAAAACAUAACUCGGUUGCUCGAUUGAUCUUAAGUAGAGAGAUGAAUCAUUUAAACAUCCGAAAAAGAGUGAAAUCAGGUACUUUCCUUGAUAAAACCACCAAACUUGCCCAUAUCUUCUUCUUCUUCUUCUUGAAACUCACGUGGUUUUGUUUAUAAAAGCGCCCUCCUAUGAAUGUCAAACAAAUUCAAAAUGGUGACCUGUCAAAGUGGUUAAGAAGCUACCUGUCUUUUUAAAGUACCUUGCCUUCGCUUCAAUUUGUUUGACAUUCAUAGCAGGGCGCUUUUAUCAACAAAACCACGUGAGUUUCAAGAAGAAGAAGAAGAAGAAGAUAUGGGCAAGUUUGGUGGUUUUAUCAGGGAAAGUACCUGAUUUCACUCUUUUUCGAAUGUUUAAAUGAUUCAUCUCUCUAUUUAAGAUCAAUCGAGCAACCGAGUUGUGUUUUACAGCGAGUGAGCACGGUCCAGGAACGCUAGCUAGCUCUUGUUCUAGGCCGGGUGGCAAAACCUACGGACCGAUACCAUAUUGAAACUAUUGAAAAAAUUUUGGGAAUAUUUGCAUAAACUUCAACUUUCGUGCCACUUUUCGUGAAUUUUAACUGUCGUAAUACCACGGAAAAGCGAAAACAGCUCCGAAAAGAGCGUUCCCGAAGUAAACAUCCCACCAUCCCGUGAAUGUCAAACUCUGAAGUUUUUUCUUAAAUAAAAUCGGGGAUUUGUUCUGGAUAAAGCUACCUGUCUUUUUAAAGUACCUUGGUCCGUGGGGUGUGAAACCUAGCGUAAAAGCUGUUUGCAAACGGGAAGGCUCGCAAUAUGUUCUGUUUGUGGUUUACAUCGAUAGUGAGUGAUCAUUGCUAGUGUGCUCAAUCGUUUUCUUCCCCAAAACGAUUUUAAUUUCCUCAACCCCGCCACGUAAACAUAUCGAAGCGUAAACGUAAAUUAAUUUGUAAACUUACGCGAAAUUUUACGCUCCGUGUAGCAGGGCCUAUAUUUUUUUCUUAAAAUAUUAUACUAUGCAGUAAACGAUUCAUCAUGCAGUUUAAAAAUUGUAAAACUUGAACCUUUUCGUCAAAUAAAUCUGUAUUUAUUUACUCUAUUUUUAAGAGACAUAGAGGAUAAUAACAUAAAGUAGUGCGAAAAUGUUGGGAAUAUUUCACGACUUCCAUUAGUAUUGUAUUACAUCUGCCUAUAACAUAAUGAUAAAACCUGAUUCUCUUGUAAGGUUCAUGAUUCAUUACAAUUAUGAAACGUGAGACAGUGCAGGAGGUCACGUUACAUAAUAUUUAGUAUCUCCGGUAGCCAUAUGGCAUAGAGGACAGUGGUAGCGGUGGUGGUGAAUUAUCCUUGUAUACGAGUCGGCGUCGUUCGCCGAAAUCCUCCAGAUAAUCACCGGAACGUGUAUCCUCACGGGGUAUCAUGUAUUGUUGCGUACGAUAAUAAUUCGACGCCACGUACGGUUUGAAUUCACGUAAAUCAUCGUAGAUUGUAAUCGGCACCGACUGGAGCGGAGUCAAUGGAAACGAAGGUCGAGGCUCAUAGUAAUAAGAUUGUCGUUGAUAGGGUUGGUAAGUUGCGUGUGGAUAGUAAUCGUAGGUACCGUAAGACCUCGUGGUACCACGGCGUUGAUCAUUAUGAUCGCCUUGCAUGUAUCCAUCUCGAUAACCGUACGUGUUGCCUGGUGGAAUAUUUUACAGAGAUAGAAAGGGCUUAGGCAUCUCUCUACGGGUCAUUAAACUAUUAAUGAAAUUGUUUUUCCACUUACCACGAUUAAGAGCCGCAGCUCUAUGAAUAUUGUGGGUACCUUGAAAAUCGCUUUCAGCCCGCUUAUUAUCAUAAUUAUCACGCAGGUAAUCUUUACGGUGUUCUUGGUUAUAGAGCUUAUCUAGAUGAUCGUUUCUAAAAUUGUGUCGGUUAUCGUACACCUGCUUGCCGCCUCUAUCAUCCGAAUCCUCAUAGUAUGAACUUUUACUACCAUUUUCAUCUUUGUGGUACGUAUUAGAGAAACCGGAUUUGAUGUACUUCCGGUUAUGUGAUUUGUCUGUUUCGAAGUUCUCACCGGAUAGGUGCUUCAUUUUAUCGACGGCCGAGCCCUUACUUGCGUCGAGCAAUCUAUGUCCAUCUAAAUAAUUGUCAAGUUGAUGGAAGCGGACGGCAUCCUUUGCUGAAUUGAUACUGCCUGCUUCGCCAAACGCCUCAUCCUUGCGAUUGUCACGCGUAUUGCUAGCACUUUCGAUACCACUACCUUUGAUAGACGAAGUAGAGUCUGAGAUUCUUAGCAGCAUCUUCUGCUCAGCACUAGGGCCCGAUGUAGGUGGUCGGUAGGCAUGGUAAGGAAAAUCGUCAGCAUAUGGCAAGCCAGCGACGUUGGGUAAUAAUGGCGAAAACACCAUUGCUACGAUCCAUAAGGCACUUGCACUUUUGACCAACAUGUUAUGUCCAAAAUGUAUUCAAAUGGCAUACAAACACACAAAUUUGUCUCGCUUACACUAACACUUACUACAAGUACUAAUUGUCCAGCCCCAGUUCAAGGGUUGUUAGCUUCCGCACGACUUGCCGCAAGAAGAAAUACUACCGUGUGGGAAGCAUCCACUGCCUCUUAAAUAUAUUUGUCUAUGCCUUCUUUAUUUGAAAUUUUGGUUCUUUGGAGGCGGCAUUUGUAUGCGUGUUAAUCUGAUGCGCUUCAUGCUUGUACUACUGUAAAUUUGUCAAGCGCAACAAAUCCGUUCAUUGCUUCCUCCCACCGGCUUUGAAAUUUCGUUCCAGAUGGCAAAGAACUACUUACACUAUGUUUUGAGACAGGCGGAGAGGAGAAAAAAUAAUAAUACAAAACUCAUCCCUUCCCUAUAAAGUCUCGCAAACUAAAUUCUAUCAAUGGCGAAUGGCUCUUUUUCGAGAUCACGAAGUCCCUGAAGCAAAAGCAGGUUUUCAAGCUGAAAGCAACUGGGAGUUUUCUUGGAGCGAUUGUUCGUUUGACGAUUUUACGGUAUCGUCUGUUAGGCGGUUUACAGUUCAGUGCUGUUUACGGAAGAAGAAUCGAAAUGUGCAGCAACGAAUUUUCAUUCAGAUCAUUGGUCAUACUGAAGCCACCAGACAGUCUCGCAGGUCUUAGCAACGUUGGUUCGACUCCAAAUGUGGGAUUGUCGUCAAGUGAAUCAAUCUAGAAGGUCAAUGAUUCCAAGGGAGUUUUAUUUUUGUUUGCUUUUUUGAGCCAUUUAUAGUAAAGCAUGGAACAGUUCAUAUUUGGCCGCUAAUUUUUAAUCAUUGCAGCGUGCCUAAUGGUCACUUUGCCAUUCUGUUUGUUUGUUUUGUUUUAAUCAUUGUAGUCUGUUUAUUUAGUGGAAACUUUUUUGUCAAAAUUGAUCAACGCCUUCAAAAGUUAUCGCCGAUGGAACGUAAAGGGUGAAAAAAGGUAUGUACAAACCUUUGGCUGUAAAAAUUGUAUUUGGCUGGAGAGAAAAACUGCGAAAGUCUUGAAAUUGUGAAACUCAGCUCAAAAUACUUUAUGUAAACGUUACUACGGGACUUUUAUCUUGAUUCUAGUAAAAUAAAACAGUCGAAAAAGUUAAACAGAAGUGUAUCGAAUGCCCGAUUCUGCAGAAAAAAGUGAAUCGAAAAUCCUGGGAUAUCUCAGCGUGAUUUCACUAAAAAAAACUCACGACAGUCGACAUAACAGUUUGUCAAAUAUUUUUAAAAGAAUUUUUAAGGUCAUAAAAGCCAGAAAAUAGCUAAAUAGGACCCUAGAGCACAGCUUUAUUGCCCAAAUUCGAGUGUAUUCGUGGAAGCUGUAUGAGCAAGUGUUGACCGAAUUCAAACCAUGCAUUUCGAUGGACGGUGGAACACUCGUAAAAAUGCAUUUCGAAAAAUACAGGGCAAAAUAAUUACUUUCUCAAUCAUAGAGGGAAUAGUUUAGGAAAGGUUUGGUUUAUUCACGGAGAUAAAUUUGCCCGUAAGAUGACGAUUUGGCAUAAGAUUUGACAUUGUGACGACAGAUCAAAUGUUUUCACCAUUGAGCCAACGUUCAUUCGAAAUUUGUGCAACAAAAGAGUGUCUACGGAGAAGGAUUUUAUCCUUCAUUUGUCCACCAAUAAUCCUGCGUAAUUUUGGCAUGAUUUAGAUAGCUGUUUUUGCGUUAAUGUUUUGUAUUCAAAUACAUCGAUUACAUAGGGAAAGCUAUCACUCCAACAAAAUGACUGGAUUUUCGUUCCAUUGAUUUCUAUUGGACAAUUAUCACAAGGAAACUUAAAUAGUAUAUCAGAAAUGUAUAUGUAUGUAAAGCCUACUUAAGGGGGGCUUUGGUUAUUACGGUUCAAAAAAGGGCUUAUAUUUGAUGAUUUUUAGUCAACUUUGAUUUUUCAAAUUAAUGUCAUAUUAAACUACAACUUUUCAAAAUUUUUUGGAUCUAUUUUGGGGAUGAUUUGAUCUAAACUACGUUCUUGACAUCCAAUCUAGAAAGACAAGUUUGCAAAAAUGUACUUUUUGCGGUGCCCAUCGUAACCACGUGCUGGGUCAUCAGAAGUAUUCAAAUGAAUAUUCUUUUGUUAGAUUAUGAGUUUAUCCAGGUAGCCCCGUCAAGUUUUAGUUAAAUUUCCCAUUAUUCGAUUUUCGGCAGAUUUUUGAAGUUGAAAAAGUGAUAUUUUUUUCGAUAUUGGCUCAAAAAAUUAGCUUUACAUAAUUAAAAAAAUUGUCCAAAAAAAGGAUCAACAAUUUUAACAAAAACUUGACGAGGCUACCUGGCAAAUAGUGUACAAAUUAUGUGUUGAAAAUUUCAAAUCAAUCGGUCCAGUAGUUUUUAUGCUACGAUGGGCACCACCGACUUUGAAAACAUGGGUUUUGGGAAUCGUGAUUCAAAGUCGCGAGAUGCAUUGAGCCUUGUAUGAAACUCUGUUUUUCAAAAAUCAAUGUCUUUGUCAGUUUUGUUUCGAUUGAUCCCAAAAUUUUACACAAUACUCUUGAAAGGAUAAGCACUCAUAAAAAAUUGUAAAAAGUAAAUGCGAAUAAUUAAAAUAAAAUACCGAAG